AUGAGUGCCGAAAUCGACCCUUCUAACCAGUCUUUGUGGUACGAGGGCCUCCAGAGCGACGUCUUCUGGGUCUUCACCAUCCUUAUUAUACUCCAUAGCAUCUGGUCAGAACGGCAACUCGUAUUACUCACCUGGAAAGACAAAGGACAAGAAGACACCCAAUCCAGCGCGACUCCGCCGAAGCCACCCUUGGGCAUCAACUUCAAAGAUCAGAUUACCUCGCGUCUUCGCCAAUAUCUCGUCUUAUUAUUUUGCGCCUUGCCAAUCCCUGGCCAACUGGCCCACGGCUUGGAUGUCCUCAAAAUUAUAUGGCGGCUAUCUGUGUCACUGGUCCAGUGGUACUAUCCGGUUGAUACCAGGCCAUUUCUGUUGGGCAUUAUCAUGUUCUCUCCUAUCGCUAUCCCUCUGCUCGUGGCCUGGCUCGUGGUAGUGGGCACGGGGUGCGCGAUUGUCUUGAUACAGAUUCGACUUUUUGUCGAAGUAUGGAAACUAAAACCUAAUGCGCGACCUGAUCUUUCUCUAGCUUGUAAAGAGGAAGUUUAA